AGAGAUAGUAGCAGGAGAUGGAUUAGUUUUUUUUUUUUACUACAGGUGGAAAUUUAAUCAGUCUUAGGUGAAUUAGUGGAAGAAAUAAGUUGAAAACGGUUGGAAAAUUUAACAAGUAAAAUGAGUGACGACGCAAGUAAUAAUCAACAGAAUAACAGUUCGACGUCUUCAUCUACACCACCUCCACAACAAGAUAGUAAUGGCAAUGUAUUGGAAAAAAUGCAACAGCAUAUUCGAACGAAUAAAGUCGACGUAGCUAUGUGGGCUACACGCAUACUCACAGUACUCUUUACAUUCAGCUACUUGGUACCGCUAAUAAGUAAUCAACAGAGCUCAUUUAACAAAGUAUUACUAUCGAAUGCAGCGACGUCAGCACUACGCCUACAUCAGCGUUUACCUUCGUUUGCAUUUACGAGGGAAUUUUUGGCCCGCCUCUUUAUUGAAGAUUCCUGCCAUUAUCUUAUGUUUUCGUUAAUAUUUUUUAAUGUGCAACCCACAUUGCUAAUUCUCAUUCCAAUUGUUUUGUUCGCCGUAUUACAUGCAUCCAGUUACUCAUUAAAAUUAUUAGACAUUAUUGGCCAAAACUCUUGGUGGGGAGCAAGGUUCUUAAUUUCGUUGGUUGAGUUCCAAGCCAGUAAUAUUUUGAAGGCUGCAGCUUUUGCUGAGAUUUUUAUUAUGCCAUUGGCUAUUGUUUUCACAUUCAGAGGAAAAGCAGGACUAAUGACUCCGAUAGUUUACUAUCAUUUCUUGGUUAUGCGUUAUAGUUCCAGACGCAAUCCUUAUACCCGGAACGCUUUUGCGGAACUUCGCGUUAAAGCCGAGGUUUUAGCCGCCUCAUCACCUGCGGUUGUUGGUAAGAUCAUACAUAGUGGCAUCGCUUUUGUGACUCGUUUAGCGCCGCAACAACAACCGGAGCAACCAUCAGCAACACAAUAAGCAUUUUACUUUUUAGUGCAUCAGCCUUUUGUUUUCAAAUUAUGUUUCACUAAUAUGAAAAAAGACAUACUAUAUGUUUAAUAUUAUAUGGUACAAAAAAGUACCUUAAGAAAUAAAGGCAACUUAAACAUGCGACGUAUAAACAUUUGCCUUCAAGGGUUAUAUGAAUAACAACAAAAAUGUAUAACUAUAACAAAUAUAAUUUAAAUGUAAAUUGGAACACAACACAUUGAGUUUUAAAUUGUACGACAAUUAUACUAUUAUAAGGUAUUAUGUAACAGGUAUUUGUUCAAGAUUUUUCCUCUUGAAAUUAUUUUUAGUUUCCUCUUUAUGUAGUCAUUGGUGUUAAUGUGCAAUUAUGUCGAUAAAUGAAUGAUAUCAAUUUGAAUAAACAAUUAUAUUUUUAUCAUGGGA